AUGGAAGAAUAUCUGAAAGAGGCUGAAAAUUUCUACACACUCCCAGAUGGAGAGAAGGAAGAUUUUAACACCACACUAAAAAUCCCCCUUUCCAUUAGGGUUUAUGGUGCACCAGGGUCUGGAAAAUCCUUUGUGAUCGAGCAAAUUAUUCAAGGUAUUACUAAAAAAACGCGACAGGGAAAGACCAACAAAUAUCCUGAUCUAUAUUGGAAUCUUUCUCAGGUUCUGGACUACUCCAAUCUCUUGGUUGUCUUCCAGACCGUCCGUGAUAAGACUGUAUCGGGUCAGGUUCCUAUUGUUUGCUUCGACGAGUUUGACACAACUUUGAAUGGAGAACUUGGAUGGCUCAAGUUCUUUCUCGCCCCUAUGCAAGGCGGGGAAUUCUUCGACCAAGGGCGAAGCCGACCUAUUGGCCAUGCCAUUUUCAUUUUCAUAGGGGCACCCGGUUCACGUUCGAAGAUUUUCAGCAUGACCGAAUCCAACUUGUCGAUGCUGGAUCUGUUGAUAACCCUGAGCUCGCACCCGGUAGCUCGGGUCGAAGGGAUAGCAAUACCAUGCAUCGAGAAGAAAAAGCCCAAAGGGCUGCUCGAGCCGUCAAGCUACCGGACUUUGUGA